AUGGAUGGAUACCAUAAUAUACCAUACUACACCGAUAUGCAAAGUCCGAAGUCGAUGGAAUUUAGGAUUGAGACCUGGUUUGGUUUUGCAUGUAUUGUUUGUGAGGAUGAGGAUGAGGAUGAGGAUGAGGAUGAGGAUGAGGAUGAGGAUAAGAGAAGAGAGAUAGAGGAUGAGAGAGAAAGAGAAAGAGAAAGAGAAAGAAAUGAUGAUGAUGAUGAUGAUGAUGAUAAUACCCGAGCCAAGAAUUUUCCUUUUCAGAUCUUUUUCGUGCCGAUUUCGAUGCAUAUUGAUGAGAAGGUUGAGAAGGUUGAGAAGUUUGAGAAGGUUAAAAAGGUUAAAAAGGUUGAAAAGGUUAAAAGGAAGAUUACUACAAUAGUCAUUUUAGAUAGGAAGAAAGAGAAGCGGCGAAGGGAAUAA